UUUUCGAAUGGAGAAAUUAUUUAUCAUCAAAUAGAAUACGAACCCACUGCAAGCCAAACAGGCCGAAAGCAUUUUCCUGGAAAAUGUUGCAGAAUUCGCUGAUUAUACCCACUCGAGAACGAGAUGAAGAAAAUCACGGCAACGUCUCUAAUUCUUCUCAUGAUUUCCCUCUUCCUACAACAAACGCUAUCCAAGGAAAUUCUAGGAGAUGCCGCUGAAAGAAAUGUUAAGCAAGAAAAAGAGCAAGCACAUGAAGUACAUUGCUCUAGAGAGAGAAGUAGGGCUGCCUGGAACAUUAUAGAGGAGUAUUUGAUGCCAUUUGUUGAACGGGAAAAUUACCAGAUUUCUACUAAAUGUAGACUUCAUCCUGACAAUGACCUCUUCAGGAAUCAAGAGCAGCAUAAAAUUCAGGUGGACACAAAUGAUUGGAAGUGUGGAUAUUGUAAGAAGAGCUUCCACGCUGAAAAAUAUCUUGAUCAACAUUUUGACAGCAGGCACUACAAUCUUCUGAAUGUUAGUGAGGGCAAGUGCUUGGCUGAUUUAUGUGGUGCACUGCAUUGUGAUUUUGUAAUGAAUUCCAAAUCACCAAAGACAAAAUGCAAACCUGCAGCUGUUGCAAAAAAUCGCCACCUUUGUGAGAGUCUUGCAGAUACUUGUUUUCCUCCUAAUCAAGGCCGUUCAGCAAGCCGCUUGCAUGAAUUGUUUUUGCGCCAAUUCUGCAAUGCUCACACUUGUUCAGGGAAAAAGAAGCAUUUUCCUGAAGGGCGCAAGAAGGAAACAAGUGUCAUCUAUCUGGCCAUGUCAAUACUGACCUUGAUGCUGCUGCCUCUAUUUUAUCUUGUUGUUUAUUUAUAUCAGAGAGAAAUGAGGCAGGGAACUCAAGAGCUGAGACGAAUCGCUCGAGUUGGAAGGAAGACAAAGCCAUCAUAGUUAACUGGCAUCCUUGCAUAGUUGCAUGUCCUCCUCGGGGCUGGCAAUUGUUUUGUAAAUGUAGAGUACUCUGUUAAAAGGUAUCAAGAACAUAUCAUUCUUAGACAAGUUGACCAAGAGAUGAUUUGUGAUGGGCAUUGGCAUAGUUCUUUCCUGUGGGAUGGCAUCCUUUUCCUCAUUUGUAUCCUUACUCCUUGUGAUAUGGAAAUCUGGACAGCCUCUACGCAUUUUGUAAUAAUUUAAGUGUUUAUUGAUUAAAAGUUUCAUUUCUAAAAAAAUGUCUGAUCGCAAAUGUCUCUCCAAAUUCAUGUACUUUAAUUGGUAAAAUUUCAUAUCCAUUGCAAUUGUAUAUCU